AUGCGGAGCCGGGAUACGGGCGCGAGCUUCGCAGCCCGGAGGGGACACCUUCCACAAUUGUCGAUAAGUGAUGAAAGCCACCAUGUCACCGAAACGAUCGGCUACCUAUAUGAUGACGACCUCGAACAAGAUUCACGGAAUCAGCCAUCCUAUUCGCACCAACAUGCAAAUUCCCAUCCGCAAGUUACAGUCAAUGGCGUGCAGCCGGAGGAGGGUAUAAUCCCAAGAAGAACUUCCGAACCGAGGAAGCAAUUGCAAUAUAGAGAUAUGUCAAACGAUAGUGCUCUCACACAACCAAACGGGAUCUCUCGAGGGUCCUCGACAAAGGGUCACUCGUUGGAUCAUCAUCACACGUCUCCUUCACCGCCCACCGGCUCAAGAGAUCGAUCACCAUCUGAUACCGCCACCUCACAUUUCCCUCUGAAUGAUAUUGACUAUGAGUCCAGCCCGGCGGCAGUGGCGCAAGAGUUGAGUAAUUUACAAGCCCUGAGGAGGAUGUCCAUGAGUGUGGGCGCCACCGAUGAUCCGGACCUCCCGCAACUCAGUGCCGCUGGUAUGCCCAGUGCACCCUCCGCAACCUCGAGCGAAGAUGACUCUUCAAGAUUAUUCUGGGUGCCGGCUCGUUUGCAUCCAGAGUUGGCACCGAAAGAAUUCAAGACGUUUCUGGAGGGCAAAGCAGAGCAAAUAAGGAGAAGGUCUGGAGAGUUGUCCGCUUUUACCACUCCGUCGUCCUCGAGAUCGAGCUCGUUGAGUGUUGAAAGCGGAAGUAGUGGUUUACGUCGAAAGAAAUCAAUGCUAUCUCGCCAGAUUGACAGCUCUGUUGGAUAUCAGGAUGGAGCAGACCGGCUGGAAAGGAAGAGAUCACAAUCAAGACGAGCCGCCCCACCGGAUCCAAAUUUGCAAGAGUUAGAAACCUUGGUCGCCAACACUGCAGGUCUUUCAAAUUCCAACUUGGAAAGUCAUCCCGAAGAUGAUACCGGCGAUAUCAUCCUUCCGUCCGUACCAGGGUCCAGUCUGAAGAGAUCUACCAGGACGACCUACAGACGUGGUGGGAGUGUGAAAGGAAGAGGAGAUCGCGGAACCUAUGCUCAAAGAGCGGCCAGAAGAGCCGCUGCCGGAAGUCCUUCGGGCAGCAGACCUGAAUCACCAGAGACCAAUGUCCCCGCGAUACCUCCCCUCCCAAACUUUACGUCUGUGGAUGUUUCCAAUUUAGCACAAACAUUGAAAGAUCCCUCAGGUUCGUCGGGCGUCGGAAAAACAGCCGCCACCACAAACUUUUCCAGACCUGCAGGCCGCGAAGCAUCAUCAUCUUCCGCCAGCCUGAGUUCAUCCGUACCAACAACUUUUGACUCCAUCUUCGGUAAUGAUGAAGAGGCAAAGAGAUCAAGCACAACAAGUAUGCCUGAGAUACGGAAAGCACCUCCAUCAAAAUCCCCCCCACCCACAAUUACUGCCUUCGAGCGAAAACCCGUUCCCCAGAUUAUAGAAGUUCCGCCACCAGAAGAGAACCAGGGACCUGUUCAGCCGCCACGGUCCUCAUCGAUGCAAUCGACCACUCCAUCUGGACAACGACCUGUACGGCACCCCGAAAGAGUGUCAUCCAGAGAGGACAGAAGCAUAGCUAUCUCUCCUCAAAGACCCCCUAUGUCAUCCAAGCAAUCUGUGCCCACGGCCACAGGCCGGCCUUCCACCCCAUCAAACAAUAUGCCACCGCAACCGAGGCCCUCACAAAGCCUUGAACAGCCAUCUCCGCUCCCUGGGAACGACACGAAUACGAGCAAUUUAUCGUUCAUCCCCACGCUCACCGUUGACAAACGAGCUGAUCAUAAGAAAAAAGAAGAAAGCAAAAAGUCCGGUUGGAGUUGGCUAUUAGGCAAAGAAGAUGGUGAUAAGGAGAGGCCAGAAAAACCAAAGGCAAAAAUCUCUAAGCCUCCUCAACAACAUGAUAACGCUAGACUUGAUGUUCUGCAGACAUCGAUUGAUGGUGUCAGAGGAAGGGAGAGCAUUGUCUUGGAUCGAGACAACCUCAAACUCGAGGAAGAGCGCAAGAAGGAGAGCCAACGAAAAGCAUCAGGCAAUGAGACCAAAAAGGAAAAAGAAGGCUUGUUUUCGUCAAUCUUUGGCGGAAAGAAAGCCAAGGGAGAUAAAGAAAGCCACUCAAAGAAACAUCGGGAUCGUGGUCUAUCACCUGAACCGCCCUAUCGAGAACUGAAACCCGACAUCGACUAUAACUGGACUCGGUUUUCGAUCCUUGAAGAAAGAGCGAUCUACCGUAUGGCACAUAUCAAACUUGCCAAUCCCCGCCGGGCUCUUUACUCCCAGGUGCUGCUGAGCAAUUUUAUGUACAGUUAUUUGGCCAAAGUCCAACAGAUGCACCCACAAAUGAAUUUACCAACCAGUGCUAAGCAGCAACGCAAGCAGCAGCAAAAAGAUCCACAACCGGAAGAAUUUGCGCAGUAUCAACGGUAUCAACAGCAACAAGCUGCUGAGCAGCAACAGUACGCAUCUCAGCAGGAUGAAUCCUCUGGUUACGAAUAUGAAACUGCCAGCCAAAGGCCAAGCUCAAGAGGUAGCAAACACUCGGUGGAAAGUAAUGGAUCUUCGUACAGCGGUGGAUACAAUCAGUAUCACCACAACAAUCAACAACAGCAACAACAGCCGGGACCACACGGAUCCCAACUGCACGACGAUGACGAUGACAUACAAAACAAUGCCCUCCUCAGUUCAUUAUCUCAAAAGACCUCAGCCCUCAAACAUGUCACGCUCGACAUCUAUGGCAAUGCCCGCUCGCAAGAAACACUGGAUAACACCAAUGAAAUCUUCAGCAAUAUGAGCACGGGUAUACGUGGGUCUGCGGGCAGAUUGACGCGCAUGGCGAGACAGGGUGAUAAGAUGGCAGUUCUGAAGUUGGCGGGGAUUAUUAUUGUGGUGUUACUGGCAGUUUAUUGGAUCGGUGGGUGGAUUUUGGGGUUGAUUUUUGGGAGAUAA